GGAACCGGCUCCAAUAGGCAGCUACCCUGAAGAGCUGUUGGCGGCGGCGCCCGGCGGCCUGCCGUCCUGGGACGACGUGCGAGUGCGCUACGAUUACUACAAGAAACGCGGAUACUUGCGGGGUCUAACCCUGAGCGACUAUGUCAAAUGGGAGGAGUGGUGGUACAAGUACCAGGAGUGGCUGAAGAGAGAGCGGGCCUACGAACGCUGGGCCGAGGGCGAAGUGGGAACGGUUCGUCGCGAGCGUCGUCGCAGAGGCGGCCGCCACCGGCGCAGCUGAGGAAACGCCGCCCCCGCGGCGGUCCUGGCUGUGGACCUCGCCGCGGGGGCGUCGCGCCUGUAGGCCGGCAACGCCCCGCCCACGCCCCGCGAGCACUGCCGGUAGACUCAACUCCCCACAAAAUGUGUUUUGAUAUACACCAUCCUAUAUCACUUGAGACAACAUAUAACAUACAACUAUUGUUAUAUUCUCACCGACAUAUCGAGUUGACACCGAGCACUGUGGAAAGUUAGCGGCGGUUGUGGUGCAAAAGACUGUGUGUUAUAGUGUUUAGAUUACCUUUUACAGUACAUAUUUUAGUGUAUUAUAAUACAUAGAUUUAUACUUGCCGAAAUUGUAAACGAAUGAGGUAUUUUUUGAUUUGAUGACACACUAGGCGCGUCAUGAUAAAACUUUUAGGAAGGUUAGACGCGCCAGGUGUGCCAUCAGAAAAAUAUUUUAUUAAGAUUUUCAAAUGUCAUAAAAUCUUAAAAUUGUUUAAAAUAAUAAUUUUAAGAUCUAUUAAAAACAAUUUUAAGAAACUGCUACUUUGAUAUUCGUAUUUUUAUGCUAUUCAAUUGAUUCAAAUUGUUAGAAAGAGAGAUGAUCUUUCUUCUAACUACCUUCUAUAACUUCUUUAAAAUACUUUUUUGUUUAUAAUUUUGGCAAAAAAUAUAGUAUAUUGUAUUAUUCACAUGUCUUCAGCAUACAGUAGACUGUAUAAUGUACAUAGUUUAGAUAUUAUAUUUUGUUUGUAAAGAACAACAUUUAUAAAAUAGUUAUUUUUAUUAAAUAAUGUGUAUUAAUGUCCUUUUUGAUCAAAAAAUUAUGUUAGAUUUAGUUUUUAUGCACAUCUUAAA